CUCUAGAAUCUAGAUAGUUUAACAAAUUAUUACUAAAAAAUUCUUUUUUUUUUGUAUAUUUUUACAAAUUUACUGUCCACAAAACAAUCCCCAAAAAAAACCUUGUAAAUAAUAGAUAAAAAAUGAAUGCCGACCAAAAAUUAGAAGUAAUCAAAAAACACAUUGGUGUUUUUCCUGAUUUUCCCAAAAAGGGAAUUAUUUUUCGUGAUAUCUUUGCUGCAUUAACAAAUCCAGAAGUAUGCAUUUAUUUGAAGGACCUACUCGUAGCACAUAUCAAAGCAAACUAUUCCGAUGUCGAUUUAAUUGUUGGCUUGGAGUCAAGAGGUUUCCUAUUCAAUUUAUUGAUUGCCUCUGAAUUGGGUGUUGGCUGUGCUCCGAUUCGAAAGAAAGGCAAAUUACCAGGAGAGUGUAUAUCGGUUGAAUAUACUCUUGAAUAUGGAACUGACAUUUUUGAGAUGCAAAAAAAUGCUAUAAAACCUGGACAGAAAGUUGUCAUUGUUGAUGAUCUUCUUGCAACUGGUGGAUCAUUGGAGGCAGCUAUUAAACUACUUAGAAAAGCUGGUGCUAUUGUUUUAGAAGGUUUAGUUGUUUUAGAAUUGUCUGAUUUGGAAGGACGUAAACGAUUGGAUUGCAACAUACAUUCCUUGAUUCAAUAUGAUUAAGUUAAGACAAAGUUUCCACUGUGUUGUUGAUGUUUUAUUUUAUUUCGCACAAAUAUAAUACCAAAAGAGAUUUUAUUUACUUUA